CCGAGUUACCACAAUCACGCUUCAGAUACUACUUGUCUUAUCAAAGAAAAUGGCUAAACGAUUACGUUCUAAUCGCUUUACAUCUGUACGCGUGAAUCAAAAAGUGUUUACCAAGUAUAAAACUGUAUUGGACGCGUACUAGUUACGUUUGUUGUGGCGUUCAGCGUUAUUUUCAGAAUGUCAUCCACUUCGUCGCCGGCUGGGAAAAAAAUAGUCUUAAACACGUUGCUCGAGACGGAUCACUACGAGGGCCUGAUCAAGGAGCUGACGUGUACCAAAUGUAACACGUACAUGCGGCCGCCCAUCCACCUCUGUGUGGAUGGACACAGUCUCUGCGGCCGCUGUUAUGAGAAGAGCUUCCAAUGCCAUGUUUGCAAGAAAGAAUUCUCCCAAACCCGCUCAGCCGCCCUAGAGUCGCUGGCGAACAAAGUCCUGUUUCCAUGCACAAACGCCGGCUGCCCCAAACAUGCUGUCCUGUCACAACUGGACAAGCAUUACGCCCACUGUCAGUUUCGCAUCAUCAACUGCUUCAUGGCUCGAGUAUAUGGGGACUGCAAAUGGAAAGGUCGUGCGGGCGACUGGAUGGACCAUUGUUUCAUGGAACAUAGUGAGAAGGUCACGGAGCUCCCAUUCAUCACGGUGAAAAACCGAUGGGACGCGAAGAGGACAGAACCGGUGCUCAACUACUUUCUGCUGAAGUGUUACGAACGGAUAUUCAACGUGUACCAGAUUUAUGAUAAGAGAGGAGGAAGAAUGAUGUGGACUGUGCUUGUGAAUGAUGACCAUGCAGAGAAGUUUUAUUUUGAAGUCGACAUUUUCCUGCCAAACUUACCGAGCAAAAGGAUUGUUUACAGACGACCCUGUAAGUGUGAGAAGGAUGCAGACUUCCUGGAGCACACCCAGAACGUGUACAUUCCCGUAGAAAAUGUGUUCUCUAUGCUAGACGAGGAUGAGUCCGUCAACUUUAUCGUCAGAAUUGGUGAGGUUGAAAAUCUUCCAAUAUUCGACACCCCUACACCGAGUGAGAGCAUCAUACUCCUACACAACGAAGAUCGCAAGGACGAGUAACAUCAAGAUUUACGACUUUAAACCGUACCACACUAAUUUAUGCAUUAAAAUCGAACAACCGCGUGUUUUGUACGGUAUAUACAAAUGAAAGCACGUGUUUGUUUCUAAGGCAUAUCUAAUAAAGAUCUAGCUGAGAUUUCAUUCUUAUUGCUUCUAAUUUAAAGUCCCUUUUUAUUUUUGUUUAAUUGCAGAAAAGUUCAUUUAUUUUUAAAUUAUGACAAUCAAAAAUCAAAAUAUUUCUUCAAGACGUUGAUGUAACCAUGAAUGUCAUCGCUUAUAUGACUUACAUCCAUUUCUUUACAAAAACUGAAUAAUAAUAACAUAAGAGCCAUGCUUCGGCAUGAAUAGGCCUCACAGAAAACCGACGUGAAACAACGCUUGCGUUGUGUUUCGUUGGGUGAUUAAAGUUACCGGAGGCCCGAUUACCACUUUCUCAACCUCCGAAUCCCCAACAACCCUUAAAUUUCUAACCCCCAAAAGGUCGGCAACGCACAUCUAACGCCUAAGGUGUUUCGGGUGUCCAUGGGCGAUAAGUCCAUACCAUACUAUUAGGUGAUGUUUGCUCUAGUACCGGCCUAAAAAAUUGGAAAAGAAAUGAUUUUGAUAGCAGUAUUAGUCCUUACACUUUUUUACUAAGUAAGUUACACUUACUAAUUAAAUUAUAUCAUUUUUCAAAACUCGCUGACAGUGCAAGCAUAAAAAGGUAAAAUUCUUUAUUUACAAAAGUAUUUUCCCAGUAGGUAUACCACCUUAUUGCAAUAAAUAAAAUGGCUGGUUGUACACACGCCUUUUUAUUAUUAAAUCGUCUAACGCGGUUGAGUAUUUUAAUUUCCCAUGGGGAACUUUUUCUUAGCAAGUUGAUAACACAAAUAUGAGAUACCUACUUACACAAAUGGGUUUGUAUUUUUUUACUGAGGCUGCAAUAAAUAUUUUGUGUCUAGCCGAGAUUUGUUUCUGCUAUUACUUUGGCUUUUAAGUGAAUGAAAAUAAAGAAUUAUAUGUGCAAUGUCUUUAACAUAUUGAUAUUUUUAACCUCCUUAUUUACUACUUACAUGUGUUCACACUUCGACUAUAUGUAUCUCAAUGUCCAAUUCGGGGUUUUUAACCAAUUCAAAGCAUAAUGUUAUAAUAUAUUAUAUUACUUGACUAAACACAAUCUUCACCAACUUAAAUCAGUUUACUAAGGAAACUAGCCACAAAGUAUUCCCUGCAGAACAUUCAAAUAAUUCCCCAAAUAGUUUGUAAGGCUAACAUGAAACUAUGUAUCAAAUCCCUUCUCCAAUUCAGUAGAACACUCAACCCAAAUUAGAUUCUAUCCAUCCUAGUUUGUAGACCUUAGAAAAUGCCAUUAGUUUUAGAAUUCACUUCCUAUCUUCCAUUUUGUUUUCACAAUCGUUGUUGUAUUUAAAAAUGUACUUUAUACAAUAUAAAUAAGUAUACAAUUU